AUGGCCACUUCCAGUGACCACCCAAUCCUCUUCUUGUUGAUGAUUGCAUUAUUGUCCAUAUCAAGCAUCAGCACAAGUCAUGCUGCUCGUAGCCUACUGCAACUUCCCAACUUGCCUACAAUCCCCUCAUUGCCUCAGCCAACAGUGCCACAAUUGCCCGCUAUUCCAAACUUUCCAACUGCAGCCACAUUGCCACCACUGCCAACUAUUGCAUCAUUGCCAACACUUCCAACAACUAAUACACCUUUACCUUCUUUGCCUACAUUGCCUUCUAUUACAAAGAUGACUCUGCCACCAAUGCCUGCCAGCAUUCCUCUGCCCAACAUGCCAUCACUUCCAAACAUUUCCGCAAUUCCAAAUAUUAUUCCUACAAAUUCACCUCCUCCUUCCAACUAA